AUGCUGGUCGGUGCAGAGUUGUUUUUUGAAGUGCUGAAAGAAGGUAAGAUCAAAUUAUCCCCAAAUCUACCAGUGCUGCAAGAGAGUCAACUCGGCUGGCUAGUUUCUGGACCAGUGGCCGACAAAGUGAUCGGUACUGUAAAGGUAUGUCAAGUUGAGCCUACGCCAACCUCCGAUGAGCAGCUGACUAAACUACUGAAGCAGUUUUGGACCAUCGACGAACUUGGAGGUGACACGUCAUUUCCACAAGACGAUAAAUGUGAAGUGAACUUUUUAGAAACUUAUAGUCGAACCAAGGAUGGCCGCUACAUAGUGAAGCUCCCGUUUCGAGAAACCGUUGAAGAUCUUGGAGAAUCCCGGGAACAAGCGAAGCGGCGAUUUGUGGCGUUAGAACGUCGCCUAGACAGAUUUCCAGAGAUUAAACAAAUGUACGUGGAUUUUAUCAACGAGUACCUGUCAUUGGGUCACUGCAGAGUUGUGUCGAGUGCUGAACUCUAA